GGCGCGAGCAGUGGAAUGGUACCAGGUGGCAUGAUGCCCAGGCCAGACGAUGUUCCCAAUUGCCCGCCCGGCUUGGAAUAUUUGGCACCUCUCAAGCAGCUUUUUAUUAAGCAGCAUGUGGAGAUGUUCGAGGUAAUUACCGGAUUUGAGACUAACAACAAAUACACAAUUAAGAAUGACAUUGGCCAAAGCGUGUAUACGGCAUUGGAGGAGAGCGACGCCUGCAUGCGCAGGUUCUGUGGCUCUUCACGUGCAUUUGAAAUGAAAAUUGUUAACAGCUAUGAGAAAGAGGUCAUUCACUUGUCCCGCCCCCUGGCCUGUCAGAAUUGGUGCUGCCCCUGUUGUCUUCAAACCUUGGAGGUGAGUGCACCGCCUGGAACCAAAAUCGGUUCAAUCGUGCAGGAAUGGUCAGUGCGCUCACGUACAUUUAAGGUCAAUAAUCAUCUUGGAGAUACCGUGUUGCGUAUCAAGGGGCCAUUUUGUCUCAUUUGCGGAUCUGAGGAUUUUAAUAUCAUUUCACGCUCGGACAAGAAAGUGGGAAAAAUAUCAAAGCAAUGGUCUGGCUUGGCCCGUGAGUUGUUUACUGAUGCGGACUUCUUUGGCAUUACUUUUCCCUUAAAAUUGGAUCCACGGAUUAAGGCUGUCCUACUUGGAGCUACAUUCCUUAUUGUGAGAUAUAUUUUUUAAAUUUAAAAUUCAGUAGGUAAUGUCUACUUUUCAUUAUUUUUUUAGGACUUUAUGUACUUUGAGAAUUAAUAAAGAACUACAAUGGUUUCGAAAUUUUAAA